AUCUUGAACUUUAUUUACAAUCAUUAGAAAUGUCUAAAUCUGGAAUUAAUACUUUAUCUAAUGCUGGUCUUAGUGUUCAUACAAAAACAAUUCAAAGAUAUAAAAAAGAUAUUGCAAAAGCCUAUCCAACAAAACUUAAUGAAUAUUUUAAUUUAAAU